GCCGCGAGGAAACAGCGGGGAUAAAGAAUCAAAGCCACCAGUUGCUGUUCCUGGUCAUGGAUGAUUUUGUUCGUAAAAAAUUGUCCGAGUGGGGUCUCUGGGCUUGGAUGAAAACAUUUCGAGAUCAAGGCAUCGAUGAGGAAAGCUUUUACUGUCUCGAUGAUCAAGACAUCGAUAACUUGAUCACAGAAGAUGGACCAAAGGCAAAAUUCAAACAGAAACUCAAGCUCCUAAAGGAACAUGAAAAAACCACUAAUGCUGCUCAGGUUUCUCCCCUCAGUAACAAGACAGGAAAAGGAAAAAGAGUGCUGGAGCAUCAGGGGGGAACCAGCAUACCAACUAAGAAACUGAGACCUGACAUCACAUCCCAAGCAGAAAAAUGUAUGCUGUCUGAGGCGAAGAAAAUAAUGGCAUGUGUUUAUGAAAAACUACUCUACGGAGACACAACGAUGCUCAAUGCUUUUCUAAAGAAGAAAAUCUGUGAUUUGAAGAUGGAAAGGAGAGAGAUGGUCGGUGUUUUUGGUCGAACGGGAGCGGGGAAGAGCUCCUUAAUAAAUGCUGUGAUUGGAGAGAAGGAUCUGCUGUCCUCCGGGGAUCUCAGUGCAUGUACAACAGUCAUCAUUAAAGUGGAGGCGAACAAGGAGAACCACAAAUACGAGGCAGAGAUUGAAUUCAUCACGAAGGAGGAGUGGGAGCUGAAGCAGAUUUUACUGUACUUGACGACUUUCUUUGAAGAUACUUCGGACCACGAAGGGGAAGACGCUGAUGACUAUGAUGACGCUGUUGAAAUGCUGUCAGCGGUGUACGGAGAAGACUGGAGAAGCUAUGAAACAAAUUUAAUGGAUAAACUACACUUCAGAGAAAUCCCAGAAUUUCUUAAUUCUAAGAAGAAGACCCUGACCUGUGAAACGGCUAAAGAGCUGUCUGCAAAACUUGUCAAAUACACAAGAUGUGGCUCAAAAGACGAAGAGAUAAAGAGGUGGUUCUGGCCUCUGGUGAAGUGCGUGACCAUCAGGGUGCCAGAUAAUGACCUUCUUCAGCACAUCACGCUUGUGGAUCUACCUGGAAAUGGGGACCGCAACAAGAGCAGAGAUAGCAUGUGGAAGGAGGUGGUUGGUAAUUGCUCCACUGUGUGGAUUGUGACCGACAUCAACAGAUCGGUAUCGGAGAAAGAAUCAUGGGAGAUUCUGAAAAGGGCGAGCAGCAUCAUGGGAAAUGGUGGCCAGUGUCAGCAGAUUCACUUCAUCUGCACAAAGGCAGAUAAGAUCACAAAAACAAAAAACUGUUCAGCAGAUGGUGUUCGUGCUUAUAUUUGUAAGAGGAACAUGCAAGCCAAGGAGGAAGUGAGGAGAGAAUUCAGAAAGUUAAAGGAGGUUAAGAAAUAUUUCAGUGAUGAAUGUUUCAAAGUCUUCACGGUGAGUUCCACAGAGUUUCAGGAGAAACAAUGGCUAGAACCUGCAGAUACUGAGGUCCCUGAGCUUCAGGAAUUUCUGCAAAAUCUCAAUGACUGCCAUUCAGAGACACUGAACUAUGUGUCAGGAGCAUAUGGGAUACUCUCCCUGAUUCAAGGGGCCAACUGCAGGGAAGUGGCUGAUAAAAAAGCAGAAGUGUGCACAGACCUUGAAAAAAACCUGAAAAGUGGACUUAAGAAAGUCUCAGAGUCCAUGCUAAAGACAAUUGAUGCUUUUGAAGUCUGUCUCAUUGAGGCAGUCGAAGAAGCCAAAAGUUCCUGUGAAAGUGCCUUGAAGUCCUUCUUAAAACCUGAGGGCGUAACAGGAAGUGGCUUUCAUCAGACAUUAAAGUGUGUGGUGAAAAACAAUGGUGUCUUCAAAACAAGAAAAGGGGAAAAUCACAACCUCAAUGAGACAUUAGCUUCAUGCCUAUCGGAGAACAUUGAUGAGGAGUUUAUGAAGAUCUUCCCAAAUGAAUCAAAAUCUGAACCAUUCAGAGGGGCCAUCGGUUCCUUUUCACUCCACGCAGAGGCACUGGUGGAAAAGUACCGGGACGUGCAGCUGCAGCUGGAAUUUCUCAGGACAGAGGAAGUAAAAAUGAAGACAAAACUCAACAAAACCAUCCGGGAGCGUAAGAAAGAAAUCUACAGCAGCCUGAUGACAACAGUUGAAGAAAACAUGAAGGCAUGCUACAAAGAUGCACAACAGUGUGAAGGAAAAGGCCUCCUAAAAAACAUGAGGAACAUCAUUGAGCAGCACGUCCGUGCCAAGAAGGACGGCAUGUUUGAGAAGGCUAAAGAUGAAAUGUUGUCAAAACUGCGAGAUCUGAGGGUAGACAUCUUGAACACUCUGGAGGAUAUAAUUCUGGAGGCCAUCGAACUGUCACUGAGGACCGAUGACGAUUCACUACCAGAUGUCAAAAAGGAGCUCGAGACGGUGACAAAAUACUACAAUGAACUCAAGAAAAACACAGAUCAAGAACGAUCACCAACUCGUGCUCAUCAACCUGGCCAGUCAGUUGCACAGGUUUGCUAGAGGAAGAGAAACAACAAUGGCCUGUUUGAACACCAAGGGUCCCUGUGGGCGCCACGACGAGACAUGAGGCCUCUGGAUUUGGUUUCAAUUCUUCCAUCAAAUUGUUAUUUCCUCCCUCUUUUUUUAAAACUUUUUUGGGGACUUUUUACCUUUAAUGGACGGGACAGCUGCAGAGACUCUGGGAAUACAGGAGAGAGAGUGAGGAAAGCAGCAAACAUGCGCCAGGAUUCAUAUCUGUGAGCUGUGCAUUGAGGACUGCAUUGAGGACUGCAGCCUCAGUAUGGAUGCUUGCUCUACAGUCAAGCAAAUGCAGCCAUCCAGGAUUUUUUUGAAGGAUUCUGUGCUAUUGGGAGAUGGGGCUAAUGGCAGAGGUCUGCGCUCUCUGAGGGCUUUUCUAGUUACAGGUUGCUUUCUUUGGCCUUUGACCUUUGGCCCUGCUGAUGUGGGUAAAAAAGACAAAGGGAAGCUGGAUUGUCAUGCAUGUCCAGCAGUGAGGCGGCACUGACGCUGACUAAUGACCAUGUUUAAUGCCUUUUAUUGUUCGGUAAAGGAGACACUCCUUAAGUGAGUUUCAUGUACAGCAGUGUAAUUAUGAACUUCCCUUAAUUAGAUUUAAUUAGCUUAAUUGUACCACUGUCUCAGUCUUGAAGUUGGAAUUGUAUUCAGGUGCUACUGAACUCUUUUCUUGUUGUGCCAUGUUUAAAAAAGAAACCUCACUGAAAACAGUCGGAUGUUUAUAUAACAGGAACUCUAACCUGACUGGUGAUGACAGGCCUCAGCGAGGUGCACCGCUGCUGGGCAGUGAAAGUCAGGAGGAAGUGCUGGAGUGGUUUUUGUGGAAAUAGGAUUUGUAGAUUGGUAAAUGUAUUCCUUUAAUGGUGUAGGUGCAUGUGUUAUAGUAAAUAAGAUUACAAAGCUAUUUAUUUAUUUUGUUCUUACUCUACAGGAGCAGAGCAUAGCAAUCAACAUUUUUGUAAAUAUGCCAAAAUUUGUGCAAAAGUCUAGUUUCCCUCUGCAUUUCCUGGACACAGUUAAUACAAGUAAAUUUAGUAAAAAUAUUGAUAAUAAAUGGGGAAAUUGUGGUCAAAAAAUACAUUCAAAUGCAGAGAUAUUUGUAAAAAUUAGGUAACAUUUGCUCCUUGGCUAGCCGGUUAAGGGGGGCCCUGUGUAAUAUUCCUUAUCCACCUUAUUCCUGGGGCCUCUACUGUAAAUCUGAAUAUGGGCAAAACUUCUGGUGCUAAAGCAGAAGUACAUUAAAUACAUGUAUUCUAGCACAGCAGCUAACGAUAGAUGCUAACAAACAACCACAGUUAUUUCGAUAUGAAUUCACCUUGAAUUGUAAAUAUUGAUGUAUUUUUGUAAUCACAUGUUCACACUUUUUGUAUUGUAAGCUGUAAAUAAGGUUGAUACCGCAUUAUUCCUGGGGGGUCUACUGUAGCUAUGAAUGUGGGUGGAACUUCCUGUACAGUAACAUUAGUAGAAAAAUGCGAUUCUUCCAAGGGCUUACUAAAGUGAUUUAGCGUUGACAGUGGUUGCUCUGAAAUAAAUAAACA